AUGCGGUUCUGGUCCAUCCUCUGCCUCGGCAGUGCCCUAGCUCUAUCAAUCCCGAACGCUCAUGAGCUUCGCCUUCCCUUUGCGCCAUCCCCCGAGAGUCUGGAAAAUGGCGUGCGCACAACACUAUCUAUCAAUUGGUCUAUCCAGAAUGGGAGCCUCUACGCAAAUGAAAACCAAGUCUACCCUCCCUCAGUCACCAUGCAACUCCGCGCCCCGCUCUACGAAGCAGACUCCCCCACCGACCAAUCAGUCGACCUCUCAUACACCCUCGACACCCGCCCACUAUCAACAGACCAGGUCGGCGCCGUCGCAGGCAUGGUGCGCGUUCGGGUCGAAUUGCUCGAUUUACAUGGAAAUCUGAUCUCGCCUAAUGCCGUUGCUGUCGACAUGCUCACCUACCAGGACGGUGAUCAUCAUAUCACCCGCAUUCGGGUUGAACCUGCCCGUGGAGGCUAUCAGGAUGAUCGCUUCUCGCAGAAGAGCCGUCCCUGGGUCGUCAAGUACUGGAACACGCAGUUUGGUUCGCUGUUCGACCACGUCAAGACUAAGACUGACAAGGCCGACACGGCUGACAAGCCUGCUAAACUUGACUCGCCUGCUGCCAUUGCCUCGGUUCCUCGCCCAUCCAUUGAGUCUGCGCACAAGUUCUCCAUCUCAUCCUUCUGGGCUGCGCCAGAGCAUUCCAGUCACCGUGGAAACCACCCCCACCACCGCCCCGGUAGCUCGUUCAGACGCAUUGCUCGUCCCAUCAUCCUGCCGGCGGUGAUGGGUGCCGUCGCUGGUCUAGCGGCUUGUCUGGUCGGGUUCUUCCUUGGCCACCUUGUCAUGUCUUUCGCCGUGCGUCUGGGCUGGAAGGCCCGGGCUCGGCCAACCACUGAAGAGGGUACAGCUUCCGAGAAGUCCCCUAUGGUACCCAAUGUCUUUGUAACGGAUGUCACCGAGUCGGUAUAA